AUGGCCAUGGAGGACGUGGAGUCGCGCUUCCUGCACCUCCUGCAGCCCAUCCGAGACCUCACCAAGAACUGGGAGGUGGAUGUGGCCACGCAGCUCGGGGAGUACCUGGAGGAGCUGGAGCAGGUCUGCGUCUCCUUCGACAACGGCAAAACCACCAUGAACUUCAUCGAAGCGGCUCUGGUGAUCCAGGGCUCUGCCUGUGUCUACAGCAGGAAGCAGUGGGAGCUGCUGCAGGAGCACAGGGCUGAGGAUGAGAGGCAGGCGAAGGUGGAGUACCUGUACGCGCUGGUCUACCAGACCCUGGACCUCAUCUCCAACAAGAA